UUUUGCUUGCUUGCUCUUGUUAUGUAUAAAUUGAGAAGGAGACACUUAUCCAUGGAUGAUAUCAUCGAAGACUUCCUUCAAAGUUAAAACAAUCUAGUGCCGAUUAGGUAUUCUUUUAAAGAAAUCAUAAAAAUGACUAGAAGUUUUAAAGAAAAAUUAGGUGAAGGGGGUUAUGGUUCGGUGUUUAAGGGAAAGCUUCGUAGUGGACAUCAUGCGGCUGUAAAACUGUUAGAUAUGUUAAAGGGUAACGGCCAAGAUUUCAUAAAUGAAGUUGCUUCUAUUGGGAGAAUUCAUCAUGCCAAUAUGACAAAACUUACUGGAUUUUGCGUAGAGAGAUCAAAGCAAGCUUUGGUAUAUGACUUCAUGUCAAAUGGAUCUUUAGAUAAAAUCAUAUUUUCCAAAGAAAACACAUAUACUUUGGGUUGGAAAAAAAUAUUUGAUAUUGUACUUGGGGUGGCUCAAGGAAUAGACUACUUGCAUCAAGGAUGUGAGAGGCAAAUUUUACAUUUUGAUAUCAAGCCACACAACAUUCUUCUAGAUGAGAAUUUUAUUUCAAAAGUUUCAGAUUUUGGUCUUGCUAAAUUGUAUUCGGUAGAUGAUAGUUUUGUCUCUCUCACUGUAGCACGAGGGACAAUAGGAUAUAUUGCUCCUGAAUUGAUUUACAAAAAUCUUAGAGGUAUCUCAUACAAAGCCGAUGUUUAUAGCUUUGGAAUGCUACUGAUGGAAAUGGUAGGAAGAAGAAAAAAUGUGAAUGCAUUCGCUGACCACACUAGUCAGAUAUAUUUUCUAACUUGGAUUUAUGAUCGAUUGGAUCACGGAGAGGACAUAGAGUUUGGAGAUGUUUCUGAUGCUGAAAAGGUAAUGGUGAGGAAGAUGAUAAUAACAACAUUUUGGUGUAUACAAUUACUGCCGACUAAUCGUCCUUCAAUGAGUAAAGUCUUGAAAAUGCUUGAAACUGAUGUUGAACUCCUUGAGAUGCCUCCCAAGCCAUUUUAUCAACUUCCUCUUGAAACAUCAAUGGAAGUUCAUAGUGGUAAGAACUUAAAUGAUGAGACAAGUACUUCACUGGAGACUGUUACUAAUGACCAAUUCUAA